AUGAAAAAUCCUUCCAUACCUGUUAGAAGGUCUCUUAGAAAGAAAAAAGAAAAAGACCCACCAAUUAAUUUACUCCAUGCCCCAGUGCCAUUAAAACCUCAGGCUCACCUGACCGUUGAACAAGAAGAACAUCUGAAGAAACAAACCUUGCUGUUCGCUGAUUAUACAAGAUUGCGCCAGGAAUAUAAAAUUAGCCACAGAAAUCAUAUAAUUCUGAGAAGAGUUGUGGCAGACCCUGCAAUUCCAUGAGAAUUUAUGCAAUACCCAUUGCUUAUAUUAAUAUCAGAAACCACACAAGAAAUGAUGUUCAAUGAUUUUGAAAUUAUCGUCUGAAAUAUUUACUUAAAAAGAUUUGCCUGGACUCAAGCUGCUUUACCUCUGAAAAUUAUUCUUUUUAUUACAGCUUAUGCUAUAAAAGCUUAUCUAAACGACUCAAUGGACCUGUUUUUUGCUUAUUUAUCAAUAAAGUUCCCUCAGUUUUCGCGCGCUUAUCAUUAUUGGCUUGAUAAGAACAAAAAUCAUCUGAAAAUCAGGCUUCAAGAUAUAAACGACAGCUUUAGGGUUUUAACAAAACCUGCUAUAGAAUUAAAGGACGAGGAACUGACAAAUUAUAAUUAUUAUGUGGAUGAUAUCCUUGACAUGGCUCCUCCAUAUCAGCAUGAAACAGAAGGGGCCCCAGAAGUAAAAAUCCCUAGUAGCAUUCACAGUUCAUUUUUUGAAGAAUCUGUGAUGUCGUCAACUACUUCAUGUCUGCCUGAGAAUUUUGAAGCAAAAGAAGCAAAUAGUGAAGAAGAGCCAGAAGAAAUGCAAGAUAAUCCACUACUAAAAAGGCUAGAUUCAAUGCUGAUACCAAAUAGCAACUUGGAAGAAUACUCUAUUAUGAAAAGCACUAUGAGCGUUAUGUCGGUUGGAAGUGUUGGAGGACUUGGAAACUCAUGAAUGUUUGAACAUCUUGGGGAAUCUGGGUUCAGACCUAUAGAACAUAAGGAUACACUUAAUGUGCCGGUCAAAAAUGAAAGCUUUUUGUUUACUUCUUACUGAAGUAGCCAAAACACAAAUUAA